AUGACAGCCUUAACCGAAGAAGGAAGUUUCAAAGGUCCGGAUCUCAAUGUUGCUUUGAUUUGCCGAGACUGUAAGGUGGAUCCUCCCGAACUAAUCGAGAGAUUUAGUGAGGGAGACGUCAUUUGCGGAUUGUGUGGAUUGGUUUUGAGUGAACAUAUCGUAGACAUGAGAUCGGAAUGGCGUACGUUCAAUAACGACGAUCAAAACGGUGAUGAUCCCUCCCGUGUGGGUGAAGCACAGAACCCUUUAUUGGAUGGAGACCAGCUGUCCACAAUCAUUGCAUAUAACACAGAUAAUACCCGAAUGGGAAGAGAACUUAGUAGAGCGCAGAAUAGCACCGUAGCUGACCGUAAAGACAGUGCUUUACAGGCAGCAUUUGCUAAGAUAUCUCAGUUAUGCGAAGGUUUUCAGCUGCCUAAUAUUGUACAAAAUGGAGCAAAAGAAGUGUAUAAACUGGUGUACAAUGAAAGGUCCCUGAAGGGUAAGUCCCAGGAGAGUAUCAUGGCAGCAGCUAUUGGGUUAGCCUGUCGAAAAGCUAAUGUUCCACGUUCAUUCAAAGAGCUUUGGGCAUUGACUGAUGUUCCCAAAAAUGAGAUUGGUAAAGUUUUCAAGAUUAUUCACAAACUGAUACAGCAGAAGCAUGCUCUAGCUGGCGGACUAUUGAACGUUCAAAAUGAAAGCAUAGCAACAACCCAGACGAAUGCAGAAGCCUUGAUUGGUAGAUUUUGUUCUAAUUUGGGUUUGUCUCGUCAAAUAACCAAUGCAGCAGAGUACAUUGCCCGUCGUACUAAGGAAGUCGGCGUUCUUGCAGGUCGAUCACCGGUAACUGUUGCUGCAACGGUAAUUUAUAUGGCAGCUAGCAUCUUUGAUGCCAGUAUUUCCCCAGCCCAGAUUGCUCAGAGAGCAGGCGUAUCUGAUGGAACUAUAAAGACCUCAUACAAGUACCUGUAUGACAAGCGGGAGGAAUUGGUCGACCCUCAAUGGAUUGAAUCAGGUAAAGUUAAGUUAGAGAACAUCCCUAAAAACUGA